AUGGCUGAGCCGACGCCCAACAAGUUUUCGCAGCUCAAGCAAUUUUGGCAGAAGGGCAAGAAGGAGGAGGGGGAGGCGACGACCACCGCCGCCGCAACCACCGCAGCGCACCGACAGGUGCCGCCGCAAGCGACUCAGGCCCCAGCGCCGACGGCGACGACCACCACCGCCACCGCCCCGGCGUUCGACCCCUACGGGGCCACUGACGACCUGUCGUUCGUGCCCGAGGAUGAAGAUGAAGGGGUGAACGUGAAGAAAGUAGAAUCGCAAUCGGCAGAUUCGCUCUACACGAUGGACGAGCAGUUCGUGGAGGAGAAGGAUGAAGAAGAGACGAAAGUGGAAGAGGAGAAGAAAGAUGAGGGGGUGGCGCAAGCGCAAGCUUCAUCUCCAGAAUCGCUCUACGCGGCAUCUGAGACUUUUGUUGACGAAGAGGUUGAAGAAGAGGUCAAGGCCGUCGCGGCUCCAAAGGGGGCUGAAGAGGACGAGGCGGGCGAGAACCGCUAUGCAUACACGGCAGCAGCAAGUGAUGUCGCCUACGCAAUGGACGACGAGUUCAACCCUGAAGGAGACGCUGCAGCAUCCGCCUCGGCCCCAGCGCCAAGCUACGGAGCCGACUCAUCUGCCUUCCAGGACAUCUAUGGCAUGGCGGACGAGCAGCUCAACAAGGAGGACGAUAGCAUCUACGCGCGCAAGGAAUACAGCGCGACGCCGUAUGAGGUGUUCCAGGCGGACAGCCCGAGCGCCGCGUACUAUUCGGGAGCCAUUGACGAGGUGCUUGCGGAAGACAACGAGACCAACAAGUCGCUGUACGGCGAGGACGACGAAGAGAUCCGGGUGCCCUCAGCCUACGGCACGGAAGAUGUGGAAGGCGUAGCCGACGACGGAGACAACAAGAAAGAGGAAGCGGAGUCCGACAGCGAUGACGACUUCACGGACUCCGAGGAUGAGGACGAUGUCAAGAAGCCCAGGCGGGACCAGACCAAGAAUUGGAACACCGACUUUCAGCAUCUUCUGGACAUGCCGCCCUCGGCCGAGAAGUUCACCAAGCUGGCCCGGCUCGCUCACGACUUCGUGUUUGCGGCCGAGACCUACGGCAAGAUCAUUAUCAGCGAGCUGGGUCUGCCUGUGGAGAAGAAGACCAUCAAGCCGGUUGCUGCGGGCGGACAGGCCGGCGGCGAGAAGUACAUCGUGCAGGGCAUCUUCUUCAAGUUCGCCCUCGACAUCUUCGGCAUCUACGGCGGUGACGAGUAUGCCAUGAAGGCAGCGUCGCAUGAUUUGAAGGGCCUGAUCCACUACUACUCGUGUCAGAUCCCCGGGCUCCACGUACCGCUCAUGGCCUUGAUCGACUAUCUGGGCUUCCGACUGAUCGCCAUCACCAUCCUUCCCAUCAACAACACCACCAUUCAAUACGGCUCAUGCGACGCCGGGCAGACAGUGUAUGCGGACGACCCGCGCCUCAACGAGAUGAUGGAACAGGCCGGCAGGAAGAUGAAACUCCAGGGGCACUACGUCGGCGUUCCCGGAGGUAUGCGGCGCAAGCUCUACGCCCCCGUGGACAUCGAAGGCCACAAGGGUCUCGACGGGCGGUACUACGUGGUGGACUUUGCCCGAACGUUCCCGCCCGAAAGACCCUCUCCAGCCAAGUACAACGCCAUUCCUUGA